GAAACUGCUACCUUACUUAUACAGAGAAAAAUAAAGACUAAAAGUAGGUAAAAAAAAUAUACGUACGCGUAGGUGACAGUGGGUGCAUGUACGGAAGAUUAAAAAAGCAAGUGUAAGAGGUACUUUAUUUUAUAGGUACCUACUACCUACCUAGUCUGUUCUUAUUCAGUCUCUUGUAAUAAACGAGUUAAUGCAUUGCGCUUGUCUCUGUGGUUGAGAGAACAUCAGCAAAGCACCUAGUGCUAGUAAGAAUAGGAACCGACGACAUCAGUGUUUUUUAGUGAUACAAAAAACAUAUUAUAUCAAGAAAUCUGUGAAGGAUGACAAUGGGCGAUGAUAGUCCAGUAACAUCACUUGUUCUUCCAGUUAUUUUGCGCCCUAUUUUGGCAAAGUUAGAGAGACAAAACGUCGCUGCAGCUCAAACACUGCGAAAGGCAUUGUCAAAUGCCGAGCAUAAUCAUCCAGGAAUUGCCUAUGACCUAGUCAUGGGUCUUGUGCGUAGAGCAGACCUUAACCUGGACAUGAACGAAAGUGUUUUGCGUCUACAAGGACUUGCUUCCGAUUGUGAUGUUGUGGAGUACCGGACUGGGCGCUCAGAAAAUGCAUUUCUAGAACUUAACAGAAAAUCUACUUCCCUGAAGAGGAUAUUGAGCAGGAUUCCUGACGAAAUUACCGAUCGUAAAACAUUCCUUGAAACAAUCAAAGAAAUCGCUAGCGCAAUUAAAAAGUUGCUCGAUGCCGUCAAUGAAGUUACAGGAUACAUACCGGGAUCUACUGGAAAGCAGGCCCUAGAUCAACGUAAAAGAGAAUUCGUUAAAUAUAGCAAGAGAUUCAGCAACACAUUGAAGGAAUACUUUAAAGAAGGACAAGCUAAUUCAGUAUUUGUAAGCGCCCUGUAUCUGAUUCUUCAAACAAAUAUGAUUAUGUUGACCGUAGAGGAUAAGUGUGAAUAAAUUAUUAUAAUAUAGUUAUAGCAAUGUUUCAUUAUAGAUGUGCGAUUUUAUUAACAAAUGACGUUUUCACG